CAAAAAUACUAUGAUUGUUCAUAGAGGGAAGCUUCCCGUUAACAGCACGACCCUUUUUAUAUGAGUAAGGAAGGGAUGGAAAAAUGUCUUCCAGCGGCGCUCUCAGUAACUGCUAUGUGGACGCUGUAAUGGGACAGGAGCCGGAGGAGCUGUACGGGGCUCGCUUCAUCCAGCCCCAGCACACCGUGACCCCGAGGCCACCGCCAGGUGCCGGGGACAGCGCAGACUUCUCCUCAUGUAGCUUUACGCCAAAGUCCGCCGUUUUCUCCCCAUCCUGGACCUCGAUGCACCCUCAGGGACUGUAUCACCCCUAUGUCCACCAUCACCACCACCACCAGUCCCAUCUGCCCGCAUCGGACAGCAGAUACGUCGGCAUGCGCUCCUGGAUGGACCCGAUUUCCAACCACGUUUCAUUCGCUGGUUUCCACUCCUCCGGCAGCAGACCGUACGGAACCAAGCCGGAACUCCCUUUGCCUGCGAAGCCUGCAGGCUGCGACUCGCUGGAGGAGACAGAAACGGUUCCUGGGGCUGAGGCGCGUCCCCCGGCGGCGGAGUUCUCCUGCGGCAGCGCGGAGUGUCGGGAAAAGCCGAGCCGGGAGCAGAGUGGGAGCGAGGCUUCGAGUCAUGGCGAGCCCAAAGACGAGAAGCAACAACUUGACCCAAACAAUCCUGCAGCUAACUGGAUCCACGCCCGCUCAACGAGAAAGAAGCGCUGCCCCUACACUAAAUAUCAGACUUUAGAGCUGGAGAAGGAGUUUCUUUACAAUAUGUAUCUGACAAGGGACCGGCGCUACGAGGUGGCCCGCAUACUGAGUUUAACAGAAAGACAAGUGAAGAUCUGGUUCCAGAACCGGAGGAUGAAGAUGAAGAAGAUGAACAGAGAAAGAAGCGGAAAGGAGAUCAUUUAAACUCGUUUUUGUUGCAACAAGAAACUCGAUCUGAACUCUCAAAUCUAUUUCGUACAGCCAUUUUCAGAUGGGCCUUUAAGUGACGCCGUCAAGGACCCAUAUGCCUCACAUAUGAGGAAUUUGUUUCUGAUGAGAUCCUGGCGGAUCACUUCAAGCUGAACUGGUUUGAAUAUUUCUCACCAUCGUCAGCUGCAAACUGGGACGUAAAAGCAACAUGAAAUGUGCCAGUGUAUUUCGCCUGUUUCUAGAUUUGGAGUAAAACAUUUCUGCUGCAGCUAGAGCUUUUGACUGUUAUGUCAUUGAGCAAACACACAUAUGUGACAUGUGCGUCGGGAGUUAUAUAUGAUCAGUGUUUACAGAAAAUAAUAAGCAUAUGUGCAGCUUAGCUUACUGAAGAGGAGAGAUCAUUACAGAAAAAAAACGCCUAUUCGAAAUAAUUAUUGCAUAAUUAAAAACGUUCAAAGUAGCUCUGACAGUUAUUUUUUUUCACACCACAAAUAUUAUCCUAUUUCUAACAGAAAAUACCAGGAGUUAAGACAUAAAUAUAUUUUUAAAUGACGCAUUUUUUAAAAACAGUGGGUUUUAAAGUACUAAUAAAGUGUUUAUUAUUUGAAAAUCGCAUUUUUGGAGGAUUUCAAAUUUAUUGUCCAAGUUGCAUCAGUAAUUGCUUUAAAGCAGGAAGAAAGGCGGCCCAAUAAAGCUAUAGAAAUGGCCAGACGUCUGGCCUAAAUUAGUUUAUGGAGCCUGCUCAGUAAUUGCACCCUCUCUUUGAAAACCCCUAUCAGCUACUCCUUGGGCUUUUUGCGUCUGUUGCUGACAAACAGAGGAUAGACGCUCUUUUUUCACCAGGGGUGUCUGGACGAUGAAUUGUUUUAGAGGAAAUUCACCCCAAAUGCACCCCCCCCCCCCCCCCCCCAAUCUAAUGGUCAGGUUUAUUCAUCAACUGCACUUCCCACCGAUGGGAAAAAACUUCACUUUGACUGCAUGGAUGGCAGUGUGGGCCCUGCAUCUAAUGACUCUAGAGUUAAAUGCUAAGCUACUCCAAGCUCUGUGUGCGCAUCAGGUGUUGCCAAUUUGUAAUAAUGCGGUUUUGCUCUCGAACUUGCUGACUUGAUUUUUUAUUCUAUUUCACUAAAAAUAUAGAUCUCUCUAAAAAAAUAAAACAAA